GGAUGAUUGAUUACAGGGUAAUUGUAGACUUCUCAUUGUGCUAUGGACUUGGAGGCAUUCGGAUGUGACGGUGCCAUCACCUCAGAGUGAAGUACAUUCGCCGAAAUGAAGGAAAACCUCGUAUGUCUGGUUUUAACCUUCUCUUCCUGGCUCUGUGUCACAGACUCCUAUUGUCCUCUGGAAGGCGUGACUUCAACUGACCCUGACCUUUACCCCUGCCUCACCGUGUCACGUGACCAGCUCAGCUGGCUGGACGCCCUGCAUGUGUGCGAGAUCAAUGGUGGGACGCUGGCAAAGAUUGAAAGCAUGAAACAACAGGACUACAUCAAGUCAAAUCAAAGAAACAAAGAGUACACAUGGUUUGGAAUGAACGAUUUGGCAGCUGAAGGGGACUUCGUGUGGACUGACGGCAACAACGUGACUUGGUUCAACUGGGAACACAACCAGCCGAAUGGCGGGGAUGAACAGAACUGUACCUCGAUUAAUGAAAAAUAUGAAUGGGAGGACAAAGAGUGUGAAGAACUUUACUAUUAUGUCUGUGAAAUAACCUCUGACAACGAACCAGUGAACAACGUGUAUGACCCUACGAGUCCCCAGAUCGUUGACAAGGAAGCCACGUUAAAGACACCGGAUUCAUCCCGAGAUAUUGAGUUGCUGAGUCUGCUGAAGGUCGAGGACGAAUUAGUGUGUGUUCUGCAUUGUCUUUACAAUCCCGAUUGUGUAGUUCUGGGUUAUGGGCCGUUCAAGACUCAACCCAAUUGUCUUCUGUACAAAUCAUCACCCGGUGGUUUUGCUCCGCUCUUCAGAGGAUGGAACGUGUAUCGGAUCACUGGAUAGACGCUGUCAAAUACUACUG